AUGGCAAUUACGAUGCUCAGUUUGAAUGUGUACUUGGUCAGUGGCCAGAUCAGCAGCGCUAUUUACCAUAUGAUUGUUGGAUACUUUGACGAUUUGAUCCCUAACCCAACCAAGGGGCACAUCGAGAGGGCGCUCGGAAUGGUGGGCAAUUCGACGGCCAAGGCGAUGUUCCCGACAUGCAAACUCUAA